AUGCCUACGCAAGUCCGCAUCUUCACCUCGCCCAGGUCUCUUGGGGAGACACUUUCUAGUUCUAGUCCUGUGCAGCAGCUGUCUCCGACGACGACGACCCCGCGGUCUGUGCCGGAUUUGCCUAUUGAGCUGCCGACGAGACCUGUUGAUUAUCAGAGUGAGAGACAGGGCAGUACCCCGGCCCCCAUGUCGGACGCCAGCCAUGAGGACAAGCCCAAGGGGGGCGUGACGUACGCGCACCAGGACGACCUGCCCAAGCUGCCGAUCCCAGACCUCGAGUCGAGCCUGGACAAGUACCUGGCGGCGCUCAAGCCGCUGCAGUCGGCGCGUGAGCAUGCCGAGACGAAGCACGCGGUGCAGGCGUUUCUGCGGAACGAGGGGCCGGAGCUGAAUGAGAAGUUGAAGAAGUAUGCUGAGGCAAGGACGAGUUAUAUUGAGCAGUUUUGGUACGACUCGUACCUCAACUUUGACAACCCGGUGGUGCUCAACCUGAACCCCUUCUUCCUGCUGGAGGACGACCCGACGCCGGCGCGCAACAACCAGGUGACGCGGGCGGCGUCGCUGGUGGUGUCGGCGCUCGAGUUCGUGCGAGCGGUGCGCAAGGAGGAGCUGCCGGCGGACACGGUCAAAGGCACGCCGCUGUGCAUGUACCAGUACUCGCGGCUGUUCGGCACGGCGCGCGUGCCGACGGACGCGGGGUGCCAGAUCGAGCAGGACCCGGAGUCGAAGCACGUCGUGGCCAUGUGCCACGGCCAGUUCUACUGGUUCGAUGUCCUAGACGAAAACUCGGACUUGAUUAUGACGGAGCGCGACAUCGCCAUCAACCUGCAGACGAUCAUCGACGACGCGGCGCAGACGCCGAUUCAGGAGGCCGCGAAAGGGGCCCUCGGGGUGCUCAGCACGGAGAACCGGAAAGUGUGGUCGGGCUUGCGGGAUGUACUGACGCGGGAUCCCGGGUCCAACAACGCCGACUGCCUGGGGAUCGUGGACACAGCGCUGUUUGUGAUAUGCCUAGACUACUCGGAACCGGCGACGGCCGCGGCACUGUGCCAGAACAUGCUGUGCGGCACGAGCGAGAUCGAAAAGGGGGUGCAGAUCGGGACCUGCACGAACCGGUGGUACGACAAGCUGCAGAUCAUCGUGUGCAAGAACGGCAGCGCAGGCAUCAACUUUGAGCACACGGGCGUCGACGGCCACACGGUGCUGCGGUUUGUGAGUGACCUCUACACCGACACCAUCCUGCGGUUCGCCCGCACCAUCAACGGCAAGGCCCCGACGCUGUGGGCGUCCACCAGCCCGGACCCGUCCCGCCGCGACCCGGAGAGCUUCGGCGACGUCAGCACGCUGCCGCACAAGCUGGAGUGGGACAUGGCCCCGGAGCUGCGCAUCGCCGUGCGGUUCGCCGAGACCCGCCUGGCCGACCUGAUCGAGCAGAACGAGUUCCAGUGUUUGGAUUUCGGCGCCUACGGCAAGACUUUUAUUACGUCCAUGGGCUUCUCCCCGGACGCCUUCGUGCAGAUGGCGUUCCAGGCGGCCUACUACGGCCUCUACGGCCGCGUCGAGUGCACCUACGAGCCGGCCAUGACCAAAAUGUACUUGCACGGCCGCACCGAGGCCAUCCGCACCGUGACCGACGAGUCGGUGCGGUUUGUCCAGACGUUCUGGGCCGACAACCCGGCCGAGCAAAAGAUUGCCGCCCUGCGUCGGGCGUGUCAGCGGCAUGUGGCUACCACGCGGGAGUGUGCGAAAGCCCAGGGGUGUGAUCGCCACUUGUACGCGCUGUUUUGUCUCUGGCAGCGGACGGUGUACGAGGAGAGUGUGCGCACGGGAACGGCCCCGGGCAGUCCCGCGGCGGAUUAUGCCUCGCCGUCGUCGUCGUCUGUGGUCGACGAUAACCUGUCGGAUCGUCUCUCCGAUCGGCUCAGCAGUCCCCCGCGUGAACCCGCCUACCUCCUCGACGCCUCACCUCCUGGUCAAACCCAAACCCAAACACACACCCCCAACCCCGGCCGAGACCGCAACGACUCCCUCACAAGCAACAUCUCCUCCUCCCCCUCCCUCUCCUCCAGCACCCCCCCACACCCACACAACCACCACCUCCCGGCCCUCUUCGCCGACCCCGGCUGGGACAAACUCAACACCACCAUCCUCUCCACCUCCAACUGCGGCAACCCAUCCCUGCGCCAAUUCGGUUUCGGCCCUGUAUCGGGAGACGGGUUCGGGAUAGGGUAUAUCAUUAAAGACGAGGGGAUUUCGAUAUGUGUCUCUUCGAGGCAUAGGCAGACGAGGAGGUUUGUGGAUACGCUGGAGAGUUAUUUAUUGGAGAUUAGAAGGGUGUUGAGGAUUGUGGGCAUGCGGGGGGGGGUGGGGGGGGGGGGCGCGUCGAGGGCUAGGGAGGUUGAUGGGUUGAGGGGGGGCUUUGGCGCAAGCGGGGGAAGUGGAAGUGGAAGUGGAACCGGAGGAGGAGCAGGAAGUAUAGGCAGUGGAGGGAGUGGGAGGACGAGAUUGAGGGGGAGGCUGAUUACAGGGGAGAGUUUGGUCGGGGGUGGUGGGAGGAAGGGGUCGGAUUUGGGCGCUGUCGGGGGGAGUGUGUCGUCGCCGACGGAGGAGAGUUUGCUGUUGAGUGAGGAUGAUGAGUUGGGGGGGUACGGUUUCUUCGACGCAGGCAUGCUCCUCCAGGCCCUCAAAGCCCGAGGCGAGAAACCCGCCCCUCCCACUACCACCACCGGGGCUGCGAGGGUGCAGGCUAGACGGAGGGAGGUGGGGAGGAAGUUGAGGUUGGUUGAUUAUUAG